AUGCGGAUCCCACCUCUGGAUGUCAUUUUAUCGUGGCCGGCCCCAAACUAUGAACAUCCCACGACCAGAGGGGAGGCCCUCCUCGUUGUCAUCAUCAUCUUUUCCAUCUUGGUCGUAGCAGCUGUUGGUGGACGGUUUUACUCUCGGUUGAAGAUAAAGAAAUGGUUUGGCUGGGACGACGUCUUUAUUGCUCUCGCACUGGUUUUCACACUCGGGAUGAACAUUUCUGUCAUUCUUGCGAAUAGUGUAUAUGGCUGGAACAGGCACUUGUGGGAUGUAGAAAUUGACAUGUACCAGAAUGCCGGAAUUGUGGCUUUCUGUUCCAAACUCCUCUUUGUGCAAGCUGCUACAUUCACCCGGAUAUCUCUCAUCCUGUUCUACUACCGACUGGUGCGAGACAGUGGGAUUCAAUGGUUCACCCAUGUUCUACACGCAAGCAUGGUCUUUGUUGUCGGUCUCGAGAUCAGCUUUACCUGUGUUGGAAUAUGGUUGWGCUCACCCAUCCAGUCUUACWGGACAUUCCCACCGAUUGAAGGAGGCACAUGUCUGAAUGAAGGGACAGCGACCCUGGUCGUUGGGGUUUUCAAUUGUGUCGCGGACCUGCUCGUAACGUGCCUCCCGAUUCCAUUGGUUCUCAGGCUACAAAUGCCACUGAAGCAUCGGGUUGGAGUGUGCUUUUUGCUUGGGCUGGGCUUCAUUGUCACAAUCGCGGGUGUUGUAAGGACAUACUUCAUCUGGAAAUCGCUAGUGGACAGCUGGGACACGACAUGGUACUCUUAUCCACUAUGGAUUGCCGCUGCCGUUGAGAUUGAUCUGGCCGUAAUCUGUGCUUGCGCUCCCGCUCUAAAACCACUCAUCCACAAACCAAUCGUACGAUUCACCAGCCGAAUAUCCUCCAAGAUCAGCUCAGUCAUCCGUUCGAGGGGAUCGCACUCGCACAGUACCGGAGACAAGACCGGCUCCUCAAGAUCUGCGAAUCAAAACGUCCUCCCUUUUGCACAAGGAGACGAAGAAUUUGGCAUGCUGCAAAGAUCCCAACAUUCGGACAAGUCUGUGAUGCAGAUUACGCAAAAAUGCGCGGAUGAUCUGGAAUCCGACGAGCAUGAUAGCAGUCAGAAUCCGUGGAGUUUCCGUCGAAACAGUGCUCACUUUCCACCACUUCAUAUUGUAAAGCGGCAGUCGUUGGAGCAGGAGAUUUCAUAUCUGGAUCCGCGGAAGCCUCCGGCCACGCCGGUGCGUAGCGAGUCCUUUGACUUUCGGUGA